AUGCCUCCGUGCCCGUCUCCAAAUCUCGAGUCUUCCAGUCUGCUUGAGCACAAUGAUGCAUAUUUGACUUGGAUUCCUCUUGACCCGAUUACCCCAGGUACCGCGGCAAGCCGAUUGCAUUCGAAUGAAAGCUCAAUCACCGUAUGCCCCCCUAUUUCGAGUUCUUUGGAUGCUACCGAUGGUAACCACUUGGUAAAAUACACCUUGCCAAGAUUCGCGACUAUUGAAUUUCUUCGACAGUGGCUUCCUGAGGUUGACCCAGAUAACCCAAGGGCAAAAACCUUCCUGCGCAAACUCUCCAACCGCGAUGUAGCUCUGAUUAUCCAUCAGUCAGUUGCAGGGUUAGUCUUGGUAUUCAAUAUCACUGUGACUGCGCUUGCUAUUCAUACCUAUGAGCCUAUGAAAGGAAUGGGAGGCAUUGUCGACGUUCCUGGAGUCACUAAUUGUGACCAGGUCCGAUCAUACAAUAUAGGGAUCCACUUGGUUAUCAACUUUCUAUCGACCAUUUUACUUGGAUCCAGUAACUACUGCUCUCAGCUUUUAGUUGCGCCCACGCGGAAAGAUAUCGAGAAAGCACACAAGAAGCGGACAACACUUGACAUCGGAAUCCAGAGCGUUCGGAAUCUGGGGGCUGUUGAUACUCCAAGAAGAGUCCUUUGGGUGCUGUUAAUGAUAAGCUCUGGACUUCUUCACUUAUUUUGGAACACUGUUGUAUUUUCGGCCUCCCCCAAAGUUUCGUAUAACGUUGGAGUUGUAACGAGCGAUUAUCUGAAAGAUGCAACGCCUUGGAAAUACUCUAUGGCGGGGUUUGACGAAAUGCGUCGAAAUAUGACCGAGUUAACACCCAUUUCUCGAGCCGAUUGCAUCGAGAGGUACACAAAUAGCGACAAUGGACUUAGCGAUGUGCUUCUAGUUGCACGUAACAUCAGCAAACAUGAUCAACUGUCAUUUGCCACCGAUAAUUCAUCAUCUCUACUUUCAAACUUUUCGGCAUUUGAAGCUGCUUCUCAUGGAGGCGGGUCUAAGGGUGUACAUUGGACACAGGCAGAUUCAUGGGUGUGCUCUGCCUGGGCGCCUCUUGGCUAUUACGCACUCCCACCGGACAGCGAGAGAGUUACUAUCUGCUCUGCCUCGGCUAUGAAGGCAUAUGUGGAUUCUUGGACUUUCACAAGAUGGGAGGAAGCCCCGGGAGCCCCUUCUGGGAUGCAGUUAUGGGCAGGUGUGGAUCACUGCAUUCCUGCUAGUGAUCUCUAUCCCAUGGAGAAUAAAUGUGCGCUUCGGGUGAGCUACGCUCUAUUAAUUAUUGUGUGUGGAUUGAACCUCAUCAAACUUCUUUGUAUUUUUUGUACUGCCCGUCUCCAUCAUUCAGGUCGUCUCUCUACCGGGAAUGAGGGAGACACAGAACCUCAAGCAGCCUACCUUGUCACUGUGGGCGACGCCAUUGCAAGCUUCCUAGAGCAUGAAGAUGACCAUACCAAGAGUUUCUCGCUAGUUACUCAAAAGGAUUUCAGCAGAGGGAAAUGGCCGGACGAAAAUCAAGAACACAAACAAUUUCAACCCGGUGCUAAACUGAGUGUCAGGCGGUGGUUCUCUUCAGUUAGCAUCUUGCAAUGGACUUCGACUCUUUUGUUAUGCGCUGGGUUUAUGACAUUCACAUCUGUUGAGCUUGGCCAAAGCCUCAACGCAAGAAAGAGUGGAGGGCUCGCAAUAGACCUACCAUCCCUCUGGUCAUACGGUAUCGGAACUGCUCACGCAUGGAGCGUAUCCUUAACGGGUACAUUAUCUCACAUGGGCCAGGAAGAUGGUUUUUUUCUCGCCACUAUAUAUGUGAACAUCUUUCAAAUUAUCGUGAGCGGUUUGUACCUUCUAUGCAACAAUAUCAUAUCAGUCAUGUUGAUGGCAUCUGAGUGGAACUCUUACCGCUCUCGAAGACGCUCACUCCGUGUGUCUUGUCCCCGUGGAUACCAAAGAUCCAGCUACUUCUUAUCUCUACCAUAUCGGUAUUCAGUUCCUUUAAUGGCCGCAUCUAGUGUACUUCAUUGGCUGGUCUCACAGAGCAUCUUCGUCAUUCAGACCAUUGCAUAUCAGACACCAGAAUUUGACCGUGCCCCAGACCUGGACGGAUCUCUUGUGGGGACAUCACCAAUUGCCAUGCUUAUGGCAGUUAUGGUUGGCGGUGUCAUGAUUUUCACAAUGAUUGCCUUUGCAAUUUUCUCAAAGUAUCAGCCAUUUCCUAUUAAGGAUAAUAGCAACCUUCUUUCAUACCCUGCACCAUUAGUCGGCACAUGUAGCGCUGCUAUAAGCGCUGCGUGUCAUGCCCAUCCAGAAGAUCCAGAGCCGGCUUUAUUACCUCUUCGAUGGGGGUAUGUCCGAGAUGACGCGGAAAAUUCAAGCGGACGGUUUCGAUUUAGCACAGCAAGGGAUAUUGAGUAG